AUGGCGCCGAGUUCUCGCAGUAGAUCGCUAGCAGAACUGGCGGCAGCAGCACUGAUGCUGGCGCUUUCCCCUGUAUGCUCUUCGUCCCCAGAUUCCCAUCCCCAUUCUCGCCUUUUUUACUCUUCCGUGGUGCUCCAGUCGCGUGUGACUAUAGUGAGGGACGACUACAUCCGCCUGCACUCCGCCAUCGCCAGUGCUUCUCUCCUCCUCCAUCCUCCUUGUCGACAAACCCCCUCCUUCCUCCCUCGCUCUCCGUCCCUCCCUCCCUCCCCUUCUUCCCCUGCUUCCCCUGCUUCCUCGCAGGUGCUUCAGUCGCGUCUGACUAUAGCGAGUACAGAUUCGUCCCCGGCCCACGUGGACUUUGAGUAUUCGGACUCGCUCUGUGGCACGGCAUGGCGGGACGACUACCUCCGCCUGCACUCCGCCAUUCGCACAGCCAGCGCCGCCGCCUACACCCCCCCUCCCUCUCCCCCUCCCCCUCCCUCCUCCCGCCGAUUGCUCUCUCUCGCACCAACAGCCGCAGCCGCAGCAGUUCCAGACCCAAACCUGUCAAACCGGACCCUCCCAGAUUCCUCCAUUCGCUUUCUCACGUUCGACCAAGCCGGGCACUGCGGCGGCUUCGGGGACUUUCUAGUGGGGCUCGUCUCCUCGUUCGUCGCUGCGCUCUUGGACCGCCGGGCGUUUGUGAUCUGGCACGACUGCAUACAGUACGCGUUUGAGCCCGCAUUCAUCGACUGGCGCCUGUCCCCUGGUGUUCCCAUGGAGCCUUCUCGUCGCACGAGGAAUUUGAACGAGUCGUUUCCGCCGGGGGUGAUUCCGUUUCUGGAUUUGAAUGGGAAUCGGAUGGGUUUGCAGGGGUUGGAGAGGUUCAAGGCGUUUCGGCAUGUGAAGGUGCUGUGGAACCGCGGAUG